AUGCCCGCCCACCUACAAGCAGUCCAGUCAGCACCUAGCAGCAGGCCACCGGACCAGACCAGCAGAGCACACCUCGGAGCCAUCGCAUCGUCAGCCGCUCGCUCGCCUUACGCCUCACUCACACCUCAAGUCGUCUUCAACGGGCCGCCUGCCUACCUUUACCGCUCCGACCUCUACGGGCUUGACCUUGCUUUCUCGUCUUGCGGCUUGCCGCAAUCUGACCAGAACUGCACGAAGCACGUUUACCUUCGUAGCCACGCCUUGCAGCAGCAGCAGGUCCCCUUCGCUGUGCUUAAGUUCCAGUAG